AUGGCCUUGCGAUGGCUCUUGGCCACAGUGGGCGUUGCCCAUGCCACGCCCUGGCAGCCAGUCGCUGGGACAGGGCGCAGUGGCUUUGGUGGAGCGAGCCACCGAAGUUUGGUGCAGGAUUUCGGCGUGGAGAGCCGCUUGGGAUCGCCAUGGGGCCUGGCCUUCCACGAGGCAAACCAGCGUCUACUGAUCGCGGACUCCCUGAACAACGUCAUCCGGAGCCUCGACUUCGAGACGGGCCUCCUGGAGACUGUGGCCGGGACUGGAGAGGAUGGCUUCGCAGACGGCGGGGCUGCCUCCGCGCUCUUCAAUCUGCCUACGGGCCUGGCAUUAGAUGCACCGAACGAUGUCCUGUAUGUGGCAGACAUGCGAAACCAUCGGGUGCGAGCUGUAUCCCUGAGUCCCGGUCGGUACUACCAGGCCGAAGAAAACCGAAGCAGCGGCGGCUUCACUUUCGACACAGUCAGGCUUCAUGGCUCGAAGGCUGAGCUCCUUUGCGCCGUUUCGGCCGAGUCUUCCCCGCUCAUGCAGGGCUCAGCGUACUGCGAUGGCAGCACAGGAAGCGGCUACGCCGAGUUUGUUCUCUCCUUUGAGGACCGCAUCGAUUUCAACGUCGAGGCAACGGCUGGAGCUGGAACCUACGAGCUUCGCUUCCGCUAUGCCGAUCGCUACAGCGAGGUCCGCUCCCCGACGCAGCGUCGCCUGCGGCUGCGAGUGAACGGCGUGGUCGUGACGCACCACCUUGACUUCCGGCCCUCUUCCCGUGGGGCGGGAAGCCGGAGUCGUUACGCCUGGCGGAGCAUUUCCACAGCUCUUUCUGCCGGCACAAACCUGGUGCAACUCCAGGUGACUGGCAAUUGGGGUCCCAGGAUUGACCUGCUGUAUGUCCUGCCUCCGGUCCCGUCGGUCGUGACUGUGGCGGGCAGUGGGGCAUUCGGGUUGCCGAGCCCUGAUGACUUGGUUGUGCCGCAGACUGCUUCCAGCACGUCUUUCGCGGCCCCACAAGGCCUGGCAUUGGAUCAAACCUCGCAGCUGCUUUACAUCGCCGACAGCGAGAACGGCCGCGUCCGUCGGCUGGAUCUCGGCGCAGGGACGAUCAGGACCAUUGCCGGGGGAGCCAUCAACGACGAGCUCACGGACGGCGUGGCCGCGGACUCGGGGAAACUCUUCCGCCCCAGGGGCCUGGCGCUGGACACCUCGAGGGGCUUUCUUUACGUCAGCGACAGCCACCACCGCAAAGUUCGUCGCAUUGAUCUGGGCUCCGCGCCGCUGUCCGGAGGCACGAUCACCACACUGUCUGGUUCUGGAUUCGACGUGGCCGACUUUGAACAGCGCCUCCUCGACCCCGCGGGGGUGCUCUUGGAUACCACAGCGAACUUUCUCUACGUAGCGGACACCGGCCACGGACGGCUGCGCUUCGUGAACGCAGAUCCGAAUCUGGCCUGUCCCAGCGAGGUUGGUCCUCCCGCAACGCUGCAGUUCUGUGGGUCCCAGAGUAUAUCGCAGGUGGACUGCCUUGCCCUAGGUUGCUGCUUUGACACCGUUUGCACUUCGCCCCCGAACUUCGACGGGCGGAUGACCCCAGGGUUCGCGCCGGAGGACGUGCUGACAAAGGUGGAGGGGAUGGAGCAGACACCGCCCAUCUCCUUCGUCAGUGGAGGGACGGAGCGGUGUUGCUUUCCGAACAUCCGCGUCAUGUCAACGCUGGACGUCCUGGAGGCUCCUCAGGGAUUGGCCCUCGACAGCACCAACCGGCUGCUCUAUGUGUCCCAGGCGAAUUCACAUCGGGUGGUGCGCAUCCAUUUGGACCAGGGGCGAUGUACAGUUGCCGGAAACGACGACGUUUGCUGA